AUGGGCUCUCGAGACUCUCAAGACCUCCUCCACCCCACCUCCUCCGCCUCAAGACACCCGCCACCUCAGUACGUCACCUCGAUAACUAGACAUCUCAACUCCAAUAAGACACACGGUACACACUGCGAAGAAAUCAAAACAAAGUCAGUGCACACCAAUGCAUCCUUACCCCUCACAUCUCCCAAGAAUGCACUCACUACUGACCCCUACCAUCCAUAUCCAGCAGCCAUGGAAGAAGACGACCAAUACAAUCCCAAGCUCACUUACCUUGGCGAUUACGCGCAAUUACCUAUUGACGCUCCUGUCGGGCAUCCUCAUCGCGUCGAUCCGGAUAGCAUAAAGGAAGACUUCACCAACGAAGAUCUCACUACCGCUGAUCUUGUGUUCACUAUCCUCUUCAAAUUCAUGCCAGAAGCUUUGACCGCCUUCCUCGAUCUGGAUCGCCCCAACGUCCAUUACAUUUAG